AUGGCGGACGGCGCGAACAGCGUGUUCGUGGCCGUGAGGUGCCGCCCGCCGAACCAGAAGGAGCGGGCACACGGAGGUGACGGGGACUCUCUGGUAAUCAUGCCCGACAGGGUGUUGCUCAAGGCCUCCGACUGGGGCGACAAGGACAUUGAGCACCAUUGGGAGCAGAAGGAGUUUGGGUACGAUCACGUCUUCGACGACAGCUUCACACAGGAGCGGGUGUACGACGCGAUUGGGGAGCCGCUGCUGAAGAACGCGAUGAACGCCUACAACGGGUGCGUUUUCGCAUAUGGCCAGACAGGCUCUGGCAAAACUCACUCCAUGGUGGGAGACGCCUCAAACGAAGCUGGCAGAGGCAUCCAGCCGCGAGCUUGCAUGCGCCUCUUCGAGCUGCUGGCCGAGAAGCAGAAGGAGAACACCAGCUUCCAGGCAACAGUCCUGGCUACAUAUAUGGAGAUCUACAACGAGAAGAUCUUCGACUUGCUGAGCGUGGGCGAGAGCUCGAAGGACGAGCUCAACGUUCGCCUGCACCCGACUCUGGGCCCGAUCGUGGCCAACCUCAAGGAGUGCCCCAUUCAGAACUACUCGGACGCUGCCGAGCUCUUCGACUUCGGCGCCAAGCGGCGCGCCGUGGGGGCCACACAGAUGAACGAGACGUCCUCGCGGUCCCACGCUAUCUUCACAGUCCAGAUCCGGACCUCCGUCAAGGUCUCCGGGGUCACCACCGAGAGCCAGGCCAAGGUCCACUUCGUGGACCUGGCGGGAAGCGAGCGCCAGAAGAAGACGCAGGCCAGCGGCACGAGGCUCAAGGAGGGCAUCGGCAUCAACCAGUCGCUCUCCACCCUGUCGCGAGUGAUCUCCGACCUGUCCACGGGCAGGGGGCUGCCGCCGUUCCGCGAGUCCAAGCUGACCCUGCUGCUGAAGGACGCUCUCAUGGGCAACAGCCGCACCGCCCUCCUGGCCUGCAUCAGCACCGCCAGGUACAACCUUGCGGAGACCAUAAGCACGCUCGAAUUUGCCGCCCGGUGCAAGCUGGUGAAGACGCAGGCGAGGAGAAAUGAGGAGUCCAGGGCCGACGUGAUCCAGAAACUGACCGCGGAGAAGGAGGCGAUCGAGAACCAGCUGCAGCUCGAGAGGACGAGAAGCGACGAGCUGUGCGCGCGGCUGCAGAUGGAGCUCGAGAAGUCGGAGCAGUCCGAACGGGGCGCGCAGGAGGCCAUCUCCGCCAAGAGGGAGAUCGAGGAGAAGCUCCAGGAGCUUGAGCUCGAGCACGCCUCGCUCGCAAAGGCCCUCGAGGAGAAGUCCGCCCAAGAUCUCGAGUCCAGGCGCGCCGACGCGGUUGCGGAGGAGGGCGAGGUGGUGAAGAGAAGAGACAGCGUCCAGGAGCGAGAGCGGCUGGCCGAGCAGCUCGCGGCGCUGGAGGAGCGCAAGCGGCACGAGAUCUCCGAGCUGGAGGAGCGGGAGAGGACGUCGCAGGAGUUGCGAGACAAGCUGGAGGUAGAACUGAAGGCUCAGCAGGAGCGCGAGCAGAUGUUCCAGCAGCAGAUGGAGGACCUGAGGGCCCUGCAGGAGAGCUGGGCCGUGGACCAGCAGAGCAUCCCGCCGACCUCCCUCACCGCCACCGCCGGCGUGCUCGCCCGCCUCGCCGAGGAGGGCGCCCAGCCGCUCGGCCGUGUGGCGGAGCUCCACGACGUCGCGCGGGAGGCGAGGCGCGAGGAGCAGCACCAGUUCCGCGAGGCCGAGCUGCAGCGGCUGGGCAUGCACGCCGCGGGCAUCGACCCGAAGGACUUGGCCUGCGCGCCAAGGCUGAUGAACUUGCACCCGGACCCUGCCCUGAAGGGCUGUUUGGUUUAUUACUUGCCGACUGGUGAUUCCGUGAUUGGUUCGGACGAGGAGCGCUGCAGAGUGCGGCUCGCCGGUGCCGGCAUCAGUGCUGAGGUCUGUGCGAUAUCAAACGUGGACAACGUUCGAUUGUCCGUGAAGCCCAUCAACGAGCACUGCUUGGUGAGGAUCAACGGCGUCCUGGUCGAAAUGGCCGGACACGUGUUGGCUGACGGCGACCGUUUAGCUGUAGGGCGGGCCGCAAUCUUCAAGGUGCACAUCCCGAAUAGCCCGCAGAACGGCGGAACGGGAAACGGCGCUCUCGAUUUCGAGGCCGCAAUGGAGGAGAUAGAAGCCUGUGUGCAGGUCGACCCGCAGUGGGAGAACGGGCUGCGAAAGGCCAUGCAGCUGGUCCGGAGCGACUACGGCGACGAGGACGCGAAGACCCUGCUGGCCCAGGCGAAGCGCGCCUCGGAGAUCAUCGGGACUGCGAACGAUUACCUGGAGCAGACGGCCCCGAGCAGGAGGGUGGACGUGGACGUCUUCGAGAUGUCCAUCAUGUUCGACGCGUGGGGCCUCCCCGCGGUGUGCGUCGUGGCGCGGGCGCGGUCGCCCGAGGCCGCCGCCGAGGACGUCUCGCUGUGGAGCCUGGACAGGUUCUGCGAGGAGCCGCCGGCGAGGCAGAAGAGGAGGGGCCCCACCGAGAUCGUUGGCAUCUGGGAGCUCCAGCGCUUCGAGGACGAGUACCUGCCGGUGCUCCAGGAAAGGAUGGCGGAGGCGUACCACAAGCCGUGGGCGAAGAUCGACAAAGAGGAGGAGGUCGCUAGCGUUACGUAUUACACGAUCAAGGUGACGAGGGAUGGUUCGGACACCGUGCACAGGAAGCGGUACAACGACUUCCUGGAGUUCGACAAGCUUAUCAGAUCCAAGUCCGACCUGAAAGAGGUGCUGUCUGGAAUGCCUCCGCUGCCGACCACUGGCGUGUUCGGGGUCCGGCAUGCGCUGGGCCUUGUGGAUUUCCACAAGAGGAGGCGGGACGGACUGCAGAAGUACAUCGAUUUUCUCAUGGACAGACUGAACAUCAGGCAAUUGCACGGUUUCUUGUGA